AAGAAAAGGCGGCACCUAAAUUGCAGGCCAGUAGCUGACCGCUGACCGCCUCCCCUCAGUCAUGAACACCCUCGGCUAUCCCUCAUCGGCGCCCACGACCUCGGAACCCGGGAACACCUCCUCGGCCUGGCUGCUGGAUGCCACUGUGGGAAACGUGUCGGCGGCCCCGAGCGCAGCCGGGCUGGCCGUCAGCGGCGUGCUAAUCCCGCUGGUCUACCUGGUGGUGUGCGUGGUGGGCCUGCUGGGCAACUCACUGGUGAUCUACGUGGUCCUGCGGCACACGGCCAGCCCGUCGGUUACCAACGUCUACAUCCUGAACCUGGCGCUGGCCGAUGAGCUCUUCAUGCUGGGGCUGCCCUUCCUGGCUGCCCAGAACGCCCUGUCCUACUGGCCCUUCGGCUCCCUCAUGUGCCGCCUGGUCAUGGCCGUGGACGGCAUCAACCAGUUCACCAGCAUCUUCUGCCUCACGGUCAUGAGCGUGGACCGCUACCUGGCCGUGGUGCAUCCCACGCGCUCGGCCCGCUGGCGCACCGCCGCCGUGGCCCGCACCGUCAGCGCGGCCGUCUGGGUGGCCUCGGCCGUGGUGGUGCUGCCCGUGGUGGUCUUCUCGGGUGUGCCGCGGGGCAUGAGCACCUGCCACAUGCAGUGGCCCGAGCCAGCGGCGGCCUGGCGAGCGGGCUUCAUCAUCUACACCGCCGCGCUGGGUUUCUUUGGGCCGCUUCUGGUCAUCUGCCUCUGCUACCUGCUCAUAGUGGUCAAGAUGCGCUCAGCAGGGCGGCGGGUGUGGGCACCCUCGUGCCAGCGUCGACGGCGCUCCGAGCGCAGAGUCACCCGCAUGGUGGUGGCCGUGGUGGCACUCUUUGUCCUCUGCUGGAUGCCCUUCUACGUGCUCAAUAUCAUCAACGUGGUGUGCCCGCUGCCCGAGGAGCCCGCCUUCUUCGGCCUCUAUUUCCUGGUGGUGGCGCUGCCCUAUGCCAACAGCUGCGCCAACCCCAUCCUGUAUGGCUUCCUCUCCUACCGCUUCAAGCAGGGCUUCCGCAGGGUCCUGCUCCGGCCUUCCCGCCGCGUGCGAAGCCAGGAGCCCCCGGCCGGGCCUCUGGAGAAGACAGAGGAGGAGGAGGGAGAGGAGGAAGGGGAUGGUGAAGAGGGUGGGAAGGAGGGGGCGGGGCAGCAGGGGGGCGAGAAGGAGGCAAAUGGCCGGGUCAGCCAGAUCACAUGGCCUGGCACCAGCAGGCAGGAGAGGCCGCCCAGCCAUGUGGCUGGCAAGGAACAGCAGUUCCUACCCCAAGAGCCCUCAGCUGGGGCGAAGUCGGACACGCUGCACAUGAGCUCUCUGUAGGGGCCUGUGGAGGGCCAGGGUGGCCCGAGGACAGAGCAGAGGCUGUGAGUGUGCCUAGGGC